UGAUCCCACAGAUGAGUCAGUGUUUUUUUAUCUGUUAGCUUGAGAGUAAGAUAUAGCAAAAGUAAACAAUUCUAAUCAAAAAUAUCAGUAUACAGUCGAUAUUGGUAGAUUUGGAAUUUUUGUAAGGCAAUUUCAUUUUGUACCAACUACCAAGCAAUCCUAGCUUUCAAUAUAUUGGACCCUGACUCACAGCUACGCUAGCGCUUUAAGCGCCUGGAUUUUUGUUGAAUGCAUGAUAUGAUAUCAAUCUGUUGGAGUUGGAAAGUAGUUGGGAACGGGAAGUUGCUGUCAACUUGGUACGAUGAGGUUCUGGUUGUAUUGCUUCCAUCGUAGUCGUUUUUAAAAUAACAUACAACAUGUUCAAAAAGCACAUGUCAUUUUUUGCACUGCUGUUCAGCACGGGUUUCGUAUGCGGUUCCAUACACAAGAAUUUAAAACACUUCAAUACAAUCCACGCUUCCGAGCUGACGCACAACAUAGUAAAAAGAGGACUUCAAGACAGUUCACACCCUUAUAAUAAAAUAAAAGAAGUCAAUUUCAAAACACUCGGAAGGAAUUUUCGACUUAUCCUUACACCACGGCGAGGUGUACUUCAUUCCAAAUUCCAAGCGUACUCUGUUGACGGUGACGGCAAGGAAAAACCCAUUGCAGUAGAUCAUGAAAACUUUUAUGAGGGAAGACUCUUUGGCGAGAAUCAAUCAGAAGCCAGUGUUCACCUGGAAAAUGGCAUUAUGACUGCUGCAAUUCAUCUUCCUGAUGAGACCUAUCACAUUGAGCCCUCUUGGAGGCAUUUGCCAGAGCUUGGUAAUGAGACGAUGCUGGCAUAUAGAGAAUCCGACAUAAAGCUAAGCUGGCAUGAUUCCGGUUUCAGCCCUUGUGCUCAUGUCAAAGAAGGAAAUGAUGAAGAUUUUGAAGAAGAUGAAGAAAAUGAAGAUGGGCCGAAGACGAGAGCGAAACGACAAACAGACCAAUACGAGUACACUCCUACUAAAACUAGAUGCCCUUUGUUGCUAGUCGCCGAUUACAGAUUUUACCAAGAAAUGGGAGGUGGUAACACAAAAACCACAAUUAAUUAUCUUAUAAGCCUCAUUGACAGAGUGCACAAAAUUUACAAUGAUACAAUAUGGCAGGACAGGGGUGAGAGCGAGGGCUUUAAAGGAAUGGGGUUCGUCAUUAAAAAGAUAGUCGUUCAUUCAGAGCCGACAAGAGUGAGAGGAGGUGAAGCUCAUUAUAACAUGAUCAGAGAAAAAUGGGAUGUGCGGAAUCUAUUGGAGGUGUUUUCAAGGCAAAACAUAACAAAAGCCUAUUGUAUGUCCCAUCUCUUCACUCAUCAAACUUUCGAUUCAAGUCUGGUACUCGGUAUGGCCUACAUAGCUUCGCCAAACCUAAAGUCCGUCGGCGGAAUCUGCACAAAGGAGUAUUUCAAAAAUGGUUAUACCUUGUACCUUAACUCUGGGUUAAGCUCGUCCAGAAACCAUUACGGUCAACGGGUCAUAACUCGUGAGGCCGAUUUGGUAACAGCUCAUGAAUUUGGGCACAAUUGGGGUUCAGAACAUGACCCGGAUUUAGCAGAGUGUAGCCCAAGUGCUAGCCAGGGAGGCUCAUAUUUGAUGUAUACAUACAGCGUGAGCGGUUACGAUGUGAAUAAUAAAAGAUUUUCACCCUGCAGCCUUCGUUCCAUAAGAAAAGUUCUGCAAGCCAAGUCUGGCAGAUGCUUCUCAGAGCCAGAAGAAUCAUUCUGUGGAAACCUAAGAGUAGAAGGUGAUGAAGAAUGUGAUGCUGGCCUCUUGGGAACAGAAGACAAUGAUGCUUGCUGUGAUAAAGUGUGCAAACUUCGCCAAGGGGCAGUAUGCAGUGAUAAAAAUUCUCCUUGCUGUCAAAACUGUCACUUCAUGCAUGCCGGCAUCAAAUGCAGAGACGCCCAAUAUUCAACGUGCGAGCAAGAGUCCCGUUGUUCAGGCGUUGCGUCGGAGUGUCCUAAAUCGGCAGCGAUGACCGACGGCACGGAAUGCCUUGAGAGAGGGAAGUGCAGGCUGGGCAAAUGCAUACCUUACUGUGAAACGCAGGGUCUUCAGAGCUGCAUGUGCGAUACAAUCGGCGAGGCGUGCAAGAGGUGUUGUAGGAUGAACUUAAACGAGACGUGCUUUACCGUUACACCACACGACAUUCUGCCGGAUGGAACACCAUGCAUACACGGGUUUUGUAAUAAGGGCAUCUGUGAGAAGACUGUUCAAGAUGUUGUAGAAAGAUUCUGGGAUAUAAUAGAAGACAUAAAUAUAAAUAAAGUACUGCUCAUACUCAGGGACAAUGUCGUCGGAGCCGUUAUUAUCGUCACAGCGCUUAUAUGGAUACCUGCCAGCUGUCUUAUUAACUACUUUGACAAAAAACGGCUAAGUGUUCCAGACGUGGACUAUCCGGGGAGUACAUAUCGAAUAAUCAAUGAUGAAUUAUGGGGUGCACUUGAGACAAAAAAAGUCAUCACUAUGAAAGUAGCGAGGUCGAAUAUACAACCAAUGUGAUAACAUUCAUUCCUCUUAUAGAUUUUGUAAAGGACAAUUUUAAUCAAUGUCAUAUUGGUUUUAUGUAAUAAUUCAAAAUUAUUGUAACUUUGUUUCUAGUCAUUAUAUUCACAACUUGUUAAAGUUACCAAAAUUUUCAUUAAUUGUUUUGUGAGUUUCUCAUGGUACAUUGUCUAUCUGUUUGAUUGUUUAUAAAACAUUUUUAUUGAAACCUUAUUUAUUAAACAC